UUCUGGGCUGUCCUGACUGGUAUAAGAGCUGAGUACACUGCCGGCAGCAUCACUCUCAGCCUGUGAUAGGAGGAGUAAUAUCGGCGGACGGUGACACGAUGAGACUCUGCGUUGGGCUUCUGAUGAUUUGGGCUCUGGUGAUGCCUGGAAAUUCUGCUCCAUAUGAGAAGGACAAUGAGUCCAACGAUGAUAGACCCCAGAAAAACGAGAAUGAUGAUGAUCAUGAUGACGAUGAUAAAGAUAAUAAAGAUGAUGACAAUGAUAAAGAUGAUGACAAUGAUAAAGAUGACAAUGAUGACGAUGAUCAUGAUGAUGGAGAAGACAGGGAGUGGAAAAAAAAAUCUACAACCAUGAAAAUGAAUGUACAAACAACAACACAAUAUAAAGAAAAUCAUAUCGAUUCGUCUGGCAUUGAAUGUCUGGAGUGUAUUAAUGACAUGAUGAAAAACCUAACAAAACCAACCAUAAAAUAAUAAAAUGUUAAUAAAGAUACAUUAUCAAGA